GCAGGAGACGCUCGGGGCUCGAGCUAACCGGACGGGUCGCUCCGGCUCUUUGAGGAGAGGCGCUUCCCGGCCCUGGCGAAGGGGCGAGUCCUGUGCGAGCCCCCGGGAAGCGCCGAGCGCUCAAGAGGGACGGUCGGGCUACCCCGGCCCGCUAAGGGCUUGGCGCCCGGCUCCCCUCCUUUCCACCUCGCUAGGAAGGGAGGGAGGGAGGGAGGGAAGGAGGGGAGGGAAGGUCCCGCGGAGAAGGCAGAAUGGCCGGUCGAGGGGGGCUUGGGCGCUGCUUUUCCCGGGAUUUGCCUCCGCUCCUGCGGCCGCCGCGAGGACUGGCCUGAGCGAGGGCCCCCUGCUCUCCCUCUGCGAGCCCGCGCCGUCCCCAGAGCCGGGGCAGCGACGCCGGCAUGUCGUCCGGCACCAUGAAGUUCAAUGGCUACUUGAGGGUCCGCAUUGGUGAGGCCGUGGGGCUACAGCCCACCCGCUGGUCCCUGCGCCACUCGCUCUUCAAGAAGGGCCAUCAGCUGCUGGACCCCUACCUGACCGUGAGCGUGGACCAGGUACGCGUGGGCCAGACCAGCACCAAGCAGAAGACUAACAAACCCACGUACAAUGAGGAGUUCUGCGCCAACGUCACCGACGGUGGCCACCUCGAGCUGGCCGUCUUCCACGAGACGCCCCUGGGCUACGACCACUUUGUGGCCAACUGUACCCUGCAAUUCCAGGAGUUGCUGCGCACGGCCGGCGCCUCGGACACCUUCGAGGGCUGGGUGGAUCUCGAGCCGGAAGGGAAAGUAUUUGUCGUAAUAACCCUAACAGGGAGUUUCUCUGAAGCGACUCUCCAGAGAGACAGACUCUUCAAACAUUUUACCAGGAAGCGCCAAAGGGCUAUGCGAAGGCGAGUCCACCAGAUCAACGGACACAAGUUCAUGGCCACAUACCUGAGGCAGCCCACCUACUGCUCUCACUGCAGGGAGUUCAUCUGGGGAGUAUUUGGGAAACAGGGUUAUCAAUGCCAAGUGUGCACCUGUGUCGUCCAUAAGCGCUGCCAUCAUCUCAUUGUUACAGCCUGCACUUGCCAAAACAAUAUUAACAAAGUGGAUUCAAAGGUUGCUGAGCAGAGGUUCGGAAUCAACAUCCCACACAAGUUCAGCGUCCACAACUACAAAGUGCCGACGUUCUGCGAUCACUGUGGCUCUCUGCUCUGGGGGAUAAUGCGACAAGGACUUCAGUGUAAAAUUUGUAAAAUGAAUGUACACAUUCGGUGUCAGGCGAACGUGGCCCCCAACUGCGGGGUAAACGCGGUGGAACUGGCCAAGACGCUGGCGGGAAUGGGCCUCCAACCUGGAAAUAUUUCUCCAAACUCGAAGCUUGUUUCUAGAUCGACCCUAAGGCGACAGGGAAAGGAGAGCACCAAAGAAGGAAAUGGCGUCGGGGUUAACUCUUCCAGCCGACUUGGGAUCGACGACUUCGAGUUCAUCCGAGUGUUGGGGAAGGGCAGCUUCGGGAAGGUGAUGCUUGCAAGAAUAAAAGAAACUGGAGACCUGUAUGCUGUGAAGGUGCUCAAGAAGGACGUGAUCCUGCAGGACGAUGACGUGGAGUGCACAAUGACGGAGAAGCGGAUCCUGUCCUUGGCCCGCAAUCACCCCUUCCUCACUCAGUUGUUAUGCUGCUUUCAGACCCCCGAUCGUCUGUUUUUUGUGAUGGAGUUUGUGAAUGGGGGCGACUUGAUGUUUCACAUCCAGAAGUCACGUCGUUUUGAUGAAGCACGAGCUCGGUUCUACGCUGCAGAAAUCAUUUCAGCGCUUAUGUUCCUGCACGACAAAGGCAUCAUCUACCGAGAUCUCAAGCUGGACAACGUACUGUUGGACCACGAGGGUCACUGUAAACUGGCCGACUUCGGAAUGUGCAAGGAGGGGAUCUGUAAUGGGGUGACCACGGCCACCUUCUGUGGCACGCCCGACUACAUUGCUCCCGAGAUCCUCCAGGAGAUGCUGUACGGGCCCGCGGUGGACUGGUGGGCAAUGGGCGUUCUGCUCUAUGAGAUGCUGUGCGGCCAUGCGCCCUUCGAGGCAGAGAACGAGGAUGACCUCUUUGAGGCCAUACUGAACGAUGAAGUGGUCUACCCUACGUGGCUGCAUGAAGAUGCCACAGGGAUCCUGAAAUCUUUCAUGACCAAGAACCCAACCAUGCGCUUGGGCAGCCCCAGUCAGGGCGGUGAGCACGCCAUCUUGAGACAUCCUUUCUUCAGGGAAAUCGACUGGGCCCAGCUGAACCAUCGCCAAGUAGAACCACCUUUCAGACCCCGAAUCAAAUCCCGAGAAGAUGUCAGUAAUUUUGACCCUGACUUCAUAAAGGAAGAACCAGUUUUAACGCCAAUUGAUGAGGGACAUCUUCCUAUGAUUAACCAGGAUGAGUUUAGAAACUUUUCCUUUGUCUCUCCAGAAUCGCAUCCAUAGCCCUGUGGGGAAGGCGAGCGAUGGUAUGAGAUUCGAAAGGGGAUCGAGGUUUUCCAAGCAUUUCCUUGGUGGGGAACCCCCACCCCAUCAUCAGCCUUAGAACAAGAACCUGACCUGCGGGGAGCAGGUGGAGAACUCUGUGAAGGAUGGAACGUCAAGAGAGCAACUGCUUCAAGCCCUGAGGGAGCCAUGGUUCUGGAAAGAGUUGAGCUGAUACUGAAAUGUGAUUUCAGGAAGAAACACACUGCUCAGCCUGUGCGUUUCCAUGGCUACUUUGGGCCUGGGGUAUAUUAACAGGAGCCACAAGGAGAAAAGGUAUGAAGAAUAAACCAGAUCCUAGAACUUCUGAGCCAACAAGGCUUGUUACUUCGACGAACUUAGACCUUGUAUGGACCACUCCGAGGUGAUCUUUAUGCCUAUGAGCCCCUAACACUGGCCCUCUGCAAGGAGUCUCUAAAUGCCAAUGAAGAACUUGAAGAGAAAGGAAACAGGUGGCUUUCCACGUAGAAUGAUUUACUUUGAGGAAGCAAAAAACAUGGUCUCCAUAAAGCUCACAAUUUCAAGCCCAGUAUCAACAGCAGAUGGACACCACUGCAACUGAUACAGCUUCGUCUUUUCCCCUUCCUUUCGUUUAGUAGAUAUUUAUUGAGUGCCCAGUGAGACGGUGCCACAGUACCCAGUAAUGUCAACAACACAUUUGCGUUCACCAAGCUUUCAUUCUCAAGUUACCUGAGUGGUGUCUGCGUUCUGGGAAAUGCUUCUCGCCGUUGCGUAUGUCAUAAGCGCUCUGCGCAUAGCUCUUUUCACAGAAGGCGGCUCGCUGCCCGAAGGGAAUCAGCAGGUGAGCUCCGGGUGCUUGCUGACUUGUCGAGUCUCGUCGUGGGGCCACGUCUGGUUACUCCUCUGAACUCAUCAGUGCAUAACCGCCCUCCACUCCUGUCCAUGACCAGACUCACGGCUUCGCCCUUAGCAAUUUAUUUAUAUUUUAAGAGACAAAGAUGUCUGUUUGGUAUGCAUUUUAAUAAUUAGAAAUGGCUCUUGUAAGCAGGACAUUUAUCAAAGGACCUUAUACAAUGUACUCAUAUAUAUGCAGUUGGAGAAUUUUAUCUGGCUGAAAUAAAUGCAUUUUGUAACAAAAGGA